AUGUCAAUCGUUUCCAUUAAACCCACUGUGAGCCGGAAACCCAACUGGUCUAAAAUAUUCAGAGGAGAGAGAAUAACUCUGACAUGUGAGAUCCAAGGAGGAGGAGGAACUGAGUGGACGUAUGAAUGGAGACCAAACACAGGAAACUCUACAACAUCCAGUGAAUACAGGAUCAACUACGCUCACAGUGCUGCAAAUAAACCCAGAGCCUCAGUGACAGUGAAGGAUACAAUCAUACCAGCAGGGGGCAGUGUAGCACUGAACUGCUCUGUGGACAUCGGUGAAGGCUGGAAGAUUUACUGGUUCAGACAUUCACAUCCUACAGAUCGGAACAUAUCAACCACUGAACCAGGUGGAGUCUUCAUCGUCUCAAAUGAAGGUGUUUACAGCUGCAGAGGGGGAAGAGGAGGAAGAGGAGAUCCAGUUUUCUACACUGAAACCAGCAAUGAAGUCACCCUAUGGAAAUCUGUUUCCAUUAAACCCACUGUGACCCUGAAAUCCAACUGGUCUGAAAUAUUCAGAGGAGAGACGGUCACUCUGAGAUGUGAGAUCAAUGAAGGAGAAGGAGUUUGGUGGUGGGCGUAUGAAUGGAGGACAACCAAUAGAAACUCUCCAGUAUCCAUUGAAUUAAAGGUCAAUGCAGCUGAUAGAGACACAUUCAGCUGCAGAGGAAGAGGAUACUAUAAGUUCACACAGUGGACUAAUUACUCACUAACUGUUUCAGCAAAUAAACCUGCAACCAAACUGACAGCAAGUGAUACAAUCAUACCAGCAGGGGGCAGUGUAACACUGACCUGCUCUGUUAGUGGAUCUGAUGGCUGGAAGUUUGAUUUGUUAAGACGGGAGACAGAGUCUCAUACAGAUCAGUUCAUCAGAACCAAUGAUCCAGAUGGAGUCUUCAUCGUCUCAGAUGAAGGUGUUUACAGCUGCAGAGGAGGAAGAGGAGAUCCAGUUUUCUACACUGAAACCAGCGAUGAAGUAACUGUAUCCAGUCCUUUCAACUCUUUAUUUCCUGCCAUCUUGAUCGUUGGACCAGUUGUUGGAAUCGUUCUCAUUAUUCUCUUUAUUCUCCUGAUCUUGUUGUGGCGCUGCAGACGGUCCAAAGAUUUAAGCAGCAGCGGACUGAAUCAACCAGAGAGCAUCAAUCCAGAUCCUGGAGCGACCCAGAAUGACGGUUCUGUUUUCAGCUCUCUGCUUCCUGGUGACUCUUCCCCUGAUGAGACAAUCCAACUCAGCCAAACUUCUGGAAACGAUUCAGCAGAGAGGAUUCCUCAGCCAGCAGAAGAUUCUGAAAAUGCUAAUGUUGACCAAGGGAAAUAAUCCUGCAGCAACCGAAGCAGCUUUGCAGACUGAAUGAUGUGAUGGUUCAAUCUACUGUAUGAAAUAAAAGCUUUUGUUUUUUAUAAUCUCAUAUUUUUAUAAGAUGUUAUUGCAAGUCUUUGAACUAACAUGGAUUCCAAAUAUCAGAUAUGCUUCUUUAGCUUUGUUUUAGCAAAGAGCCGUGUUUUACAUGUACUGUUUACUGUCUACCAGAUUCUUGAAAUGUAAUAUUCAUUUUUAAGAUGCUCCUGAUGCUUUGAUUCUAUUAUUUUAACAUUUAAAUGUGUGACACAUUUUCAAUGUUGCCAUCUUAAGUCUCUUUUGUAAUUAAGUUCAAUACUUGUAAAGUCACUCUUUAAGAAUUUUGACUGAAAAUAUGAAUUAAAAAAUAU